UGACUGAGGUGCCUUUUCUGAUUGGAGAAGGCCAGUCGCAACUCUACAGCGCCGCCGCCCGCUUUCCAGACCAGGCGCACUAUGAAGUUCGGCAAGCACAUACAGAAGCGGCAGCUCGAGGUGCCAGAGUAUGCGGCCAGUUUCGUAAACUACAAAGCCCUCAAAAAGCUCAUCAAGAAACUCUCGGCCACCCCCGUCCUCCCCACGCAAAAUGACGCCUAUCGCGCCGCGGUAGAGCACCUCGACUCGCAGGCCGCUCUCCAGGCGAACAAGGCCACCUUCUUCUUCCAACUGGAACGCGAGCUCGAAAAGGUCAACGCCUUCUACCUGCAGAAAGAGGCCGAGCUCAAAAUCCGCCUCAAGACGCUCCUGGACAAGAAGAAGUCGCUGAGGUCCCGAAACAAUGGCGUUUCUAGACGCUCGGCCAAGUUUACCACGCUCCAGGAAGGCUUCCAGCAGUUCACCAGCGACCUCAACAAGCUCCAGCAGUUCGUAGAGAUUAAUGGCACUGCCUUUUCCAAGAUCCUGAAGAAAUGGGACAAGACGUCAAAGUCAAAGACGAAGGAGCUCUACCUGUCAAGAGCGGUCGAGGUCCAGCCCUUUUUCAACGCCACCGUCAUCAGCGAGCUGUCGGACCAGGCCACGACGAGCCUCCAAGACCUGGGAGCGUGGGCCGAGGGAGACAACGUCAACCUCGAGGGCCGGCCCGACCACAUUGUGAGCAGUCAGCAUCUGCUGGGGACCGACGAGGGCGAUGCCGACACGCUGCUGCUCGACACGGUUCUCGCGGGCCACCUCGACUCGCUGCGAGACCUGCUCGGCCGCAUGAGGGCUGCCGUGGAUCCGAGCAACGCCGGCAACAUGGACGUGUCGCUGAUGGAGCGAGUCACCAGGACGUUCCUGGCCUCGAUAAACGAGGGCCCCAUCGAGGCGCUCCAGGUCUUGCUCGAGACGGGCCUCGUCGAGAUCCAGUCCGAAGACGACAUCAACGAGCGCAACUGCCUGCACCAGGCCGCCAUCUACGGCAACUCGUUUGUGCUCGAGUUUGGCCUCUCAAAGGGCGUCGCCGUCGACAGGACCGACGUCUACGGCCGCGUGCCGCUCCACUACGCCAGCAUGCACGGCCGCCUCGACAUGCUCGACACUCUGCUUUCCGCCGCGCCCCAGACCAUCAACCUAAUCGACCACGACAACUUCACGCCCCUUGUCCAUUCCAUCGUCCACGGGCACCUCGAUUGUGUGCAGCGGCUGCUCGAAAAGGCCGCCAGGAUAGACCCCGUGUCUGAGACGGAUCACGUACCUCUCAACAUUGCCUGCGAGCACGGGAUGCUAGAGGCCGUCGAGCUUCUCCUCAAGCACGGGGCCCGCAUUCUGCCCGACGCCGAAGGCCUCUACCCCCAACACCUAGUAGCGAGGUCGGGGCAGACGCCAGAGCUGCUUCUCCUCCUGAAGAACUACGGGGCCGACCUAGACCAGGUGGACAAGCUGUAUGGGUGGACACCGCUGGUCCACGCGGCGAGCGAAGGAAACGUCCCGUGUCUGCAGGCUCUGCUGAAUGUCGGAGCCGACCCCAACAUCCGAGACGAAAAGGAGCUCCCGGCCAUGUAUUACGCGGCGUGGGAAGGCCACCUGGAGUGCAUGAAGCUUCUCGCCCCGUUCAGCAAGGGGACGACGGCCAGCCCCAUGGCCAUGCAGAUCGGGGGGUCGUUGGUUCCCAUAACCGGCAGCGGCAGCGGCAGCAGCAGCGGCCCGAUGCCCAUGCUCCUCGACCCAGACGCGAUCCCGGAGCUCGAGCUUCCGCCCCCCAUCAUCCCUCUGCGGCGCUACGGCCACAAUUUCCUCGACACCAAGACAGUAGUCCAGAUCAACUUCCAGGGCGAGCAGCCGCUCGUCUUCUUCCACGACAGCAAAUACCCGGCGGCCCGCCUCACCAUCUCGUCCAAGAUCUCGGACCUCAUACCCAAGAACAUCAUGCUCCCCUUCCAGGAAGACACGCGGCUCGUGUCCUUCCAGAUCGACAACCUCGAGUCCUUCACGCUCGACUUUGACGUGUUCCCGGCCUACGGCGCCAAGGUCAUCGCCAAGACGGUGGCCCUGCCGAAUACGUUCCGGGCGCUGCUGAGCAGCUCGGGCAGCUGCUGCCUACCGCUGUUCGACCCCCGCCUCCGCGCCAUCGGCCAGAUCAGCUUCUACACCGAGGUGAUCAAGCCUUUCCGGGGCAAGCCUCUCGAGAUUACCGACUUCGAGACGUACUGGAAGGCGACGAGCCAGUUCGACCGGAACAUGAGCGCCUUCGUGACAGGGUCGAGCCUGUCGGGCGACUUUGUGCGCCUCUUUGUGCAGCGCACGAGCGACGGCGUGCCCGUGCUGUGGCCGCGGUGGGCCAUCCUGUGCGGAGGCAUCGACAUUCCCGUGUCGCGCCUGACGUUUGCGCAGUUCAGCUCCGUCACGGCGCCGGCGCGGAGCGGCGUCGACCUCGCGGCGCUCCGCACGUACCCCGCCGACCGCAUCGCCAGCAUCCACCAGACGCUCGCCACGGUGGGCACGACGCUGCACGACGCGCUCUCGCUGCUGCCCGACGCCAUGCACGUCAACAUCCAGGUGCUGUACCCGACGGCCGACGAGGAGCGCGCCUUCAACCUGGGCCCCAGCGCCGACAUCAACGCCUUUGCCGACGCCGUGCUGACCAUCGUCUUCGACCACGCCCGCGCCCAGCGCGCUCACAGCAGCGCCAGCGGCGUGCGCUCCGUCGUCUUCAGCUCCUACAACCCCAGCGUGUGCACCGCCCUCAACUGGAAGCAGCCUAACUUCCCCGUCUUCCUGUGCAACGACCUCGGCCGCCAGGACGACGGCGGGAACAGUAUGAGUACGAGCCAGCGCGCCAGCUCCAUCAAGGACGUCGUGCGCACCGCCCAGAGCAACAACUUUAUGGGCCUCAUCUGCUGCUCGCGCCUGCUGGACAUGGUCCCCGCGCUCGUAGACUCCAUCAAGUCGCACGGCCUGGCCCUCGUCGUCGACAAGUCCGGCGAGAGGCCCGGCCCGAUACUGACUUCGCUUGCGGACCCGUUCCCUCGCCUGCCCAAGGGCGUUGAUGGCCUGCUGAAGGAUAAUGGCGUGCUGAGGUUUAACGAGUCGAUUGACGUGUAGGCGGAGGUGGUGGAGGUGAAGGGAUUUGGGGAUUUUGGUGUGUGUUUGUGUGUGCUUGGGAGGGGGGAUGGUGGUGGAGG